AUGUUGAGUUUGUGCAAGGCAAAGACGUUCCUCUUUGUAGUGCUUGUGGUGGUUAUGGCCAUCACACUAGCAAACGGUGCUAAGCCACUCAAAGAAAGCAAGGCACCAGCACCUGCACCACUUCUCACCAGAAUGAAAGACAAGACUAAAGAAACCGUCGCACCGGUUGCUACUAAGCUUGGACUCAAAGCACCUGCACCAUCCAAAUCCAAGGCCAAAGCCAAAAGUUCGAAAGAAAAGAGUUCACCUACCAAAGAAAAGAGUUCAUCUACCAAAGCAAAGGGUGCAACCGCAGCUGCACCAUCAAAGUCCAAAGCAAAAGCCAAUUAG